AAACAAAACAAUGAAUAAAAUGAUGCAGGUGCAGCAGAAGAAGCACUAGCACUAGCACCAGACCCACACAUCCAAAGCAUAUACCAUUGCAUUUCUCUCUCUUUUUCUUUUUCUUCUUCUUCUUCUUCGCUACGUUUCGCUCUGCUUCCACUCUACAGUAUUUGUACGCGUAGCUCUACCACCGCCCAAUGGCGGACGCCGACCUCACCUCGCCGCUCCUCUCCUCCGACCACAUCGUCGUCACCGUCCACUCCUCCGCCUCCGCCGCGCCCUCCGCCAAUCCAUUCCGCGCGCUCGGCUGCGACGACGAGUUGUCCGUGCCGCCGCCCGUGACCGUGGACCCCUUCCGCAACGACACGGCGGCGAUAGAGGGAAUCUACGAGUACGUGAAGACGGUGGUGUGUCUGCCGUUGGCGGUGCUGCGGCUGGUGCUGUUCGGGCUGUGUCUGGCGGUGGGGUACGUGGCGACGAAGGUGGCGCUGGAAGGCUGGAAGGACAAGGAGAAUCCGAUGCCGAAGUGGAGGUGUAGGGUUAUGUGGAUCACGCGCUUGUGCGCAAGAUGCAUUCUCUUCUCCUUUGGCUAUCAGUGGAUAAAACGGAAAGGAAGACCUGCACCAAGGGAAGUUGCUCCAAUAAUUGUAUCCAAUCAUGUAUCUUAUAUUGAACCUAUCUUCUAUUUCUAUGAAUUAUUUGCCACCAUUGUGGCAUCUGAGUCUCAUGACUCCAUACCUUAUGUUGGCACCAUUAUUAGAGCGAUGCAGGUCAUAUAUGUUAACAGGUUCGUACAAUCAUCAAGGAGGCAGGCCAUCAGAGAAAUAAAGAGAAGGGCCUCUUGUGAUAGAUUUCCUCGAGUACUAUUAUUUCCCGAGGGAACCACAACUAAUGGCAGGAACCUUAUCUCCUUCCAACUUGGUGCAUUUAUCCCUGGAUACCCAAUCCAGCCUGUAAUAGUACGCUAUCCACAUGUGCACUUUGACCAAUCCUGGGGUAAUGUUUCUUUGGGAAAGCUUAUGUUCAGGAUGUUUACUCAAUUUCAUAACUUUUUUGAGGUAGAAUAUCUUCCAGUCAUUUCACCCCUGGAUGAUAAGGAAACUGCUGUACAUUUUCGGGAAAGGACUAGUCGUGCUAUUGCAACUGCAAUGAAUGCUGUGCAGACAGGACAUUCUUAUGGGGACAUAAUGCUUCAUAUGAAAGCACAAGAGGCAAAACAGGAGAACCCCUCAAGUUUUAUGGUUGAAAUGACCAAGGUGGAAUCAUUAUUUCAUAUCAGCAGCACGGAAGCUGUGGACUUUUUGGCUAAAUUCUUGGCCAUGCAUCCUGAUCCAAGUGGUCGUGUUCAAUAUCAUGACUUCUUGAGGGUUUUAAGACUUAAGGCUUGCCCGCAAUCUGCAAAGAUAUUUGCGUUCAUUGAUGUGGAGAAAAGUGGGACAAUUACAUUCAGACAGUUCUUGUAUGGAUCUGCCCAUGUCAUGACUCAACCAGGGUUCCAUCAAGCCUGUGAAGAAGCCUUUGCUGGGUGUGGUGGUGCAGUAAAGGCCUUUAUUGUUGAACAAGAGUUUCGAGAUUUCAUUCAACCUUCUAGCCCCAGCUGGAAUGAGGAUGAGGCCCAUAAUCUUUUCAUGUUGUUUGAUGACAAUAACGAUGGAAGAAUUGACAAGGAUGACUUUCUUUCAUGCCUUAGAAGAAAUCCUCUUCUCAUAGCAUUUUUUAUACCCCAACCACAGCAAAAGGGAUUGGAUGUUAAUGAAGUGAUAGAGAUAGUAUGAUGGGUGGAUUUUACAUUUGAUAAAAUACUCUUCCUUUUUAGGAUGUUGUCUUUUGUGGACUACAAAGAAAAAAAUUGGUAGGGAUUCCUGGGGAUUUCAUACAGUAUAGGAUGCAGAGGCCUCUUUUUUUUUUUUUUUUUGUUUUUUCUUAUUCUUUUACCUUGCUCUGAUUAAUUACUCAUUAUUUGGUCAAGAUCUGUGAUAGGUCAGUUUUUCACAGCUAGAUGUCAGUCACCUGGGUGUUGUGAUCACACACUGAUCCAACAUUUGAGUUUUGUUUCAGGUACCAUACUGACAUUUAGGGUCUACGUGGUUCAUGUAAAGAUUCAACCGACAUGUCAUUUUGUAACAAACAUUAUAACUGUAUUUUCAAAGAUGUGAUCAUGAACAAAGUAAUGUAACUGAUCUUGGAUGUUUGAGUCA